AUGACCAUCAUGUCUAGCUGGAAGCGCCUGAACGUCGGCGUGGUUGGCGGCGGCAUCGGCGGCAUGUCCACCGCCAUCGCCCUGCGCCGUGCAGGCCAUGAGGUGACGAUUUACGAGAAGUCAGAUUUCGCGGGCGAAGUGGGCGCAUCGGUCUCCUGCGCGGCCAACGGCACCCGCUGGCUGCAUGAGUGGGGCGUCGAUGUCGCCAAGGGCGAUCCUGUAGUUCUGAAGAAGCUCAUCAACCGCGACUGGAGGACGGGGGAGCCCGUCAGCGUGUACGACUUGGACGACUACGAGAAGCGCUGGGGAUAUGUAUACAACAUGUUCCACCGCCAGUAUAUGCAUGCGAUGCUGAAGGACUCUGCGCUGGGCGACGAGGGCGAGGGCCCGCCCGCGAAGCUGGUGGUCAAUCAUAGGUGCCGCGAGAUCGAUUUGAAGGCCAGCACCAUCACCUUCGAGAACGGAGUCACAGCCCACCACGAUCUCAUCGUCGGGGCGGACGGGAUUGGCUCCGUCGUGCGCGGCAUCCUGGGUAUCAAGCCGGAGAAGCGGCCCUCCGAGUCCAGCUGCCUGCAUGCCAACGUCGACACCGAGGAGGCGGUCAGGCUGGGCCUGGUGGACUAUUCCCAGGACAGCGCACUCGAAUACUGGGGCGGCCAGGAAGGGAAAUGGGAUAAGAUCGUGCUGUCGCCCUGCAACGGGGGCAAGCUGCUCUCAUACUACUGCUUCUUCCCCCGCGAGCAAGGCGAUUACUCGACCCAAGCAUGGGGCACAGACAGCCGUCCCGUCGAGGAGCUCCUGAAGCCUUACCCAGCGCUCGACCGCCAGGUCUUCAAGCACCUCUCCAUCGGCAAGGAGAUCCAGCCGUGGCGCCUGUGGGUGCACGACCCCUACCCCUACCUCCACCAGGCCAAUGUCUGCCUUCUGGGGGACGCAGGUCACCCCAUGAUGCCGCACCAGAGCCAGGGAGCUUGCAUGGCGAUCGAGGAUGCGGCUGCGCUGGGAAUCCUCUUCAACAAGCAGUACUUCAACGGCGACGUGGCGCAGACGUUGGUAGCCUAUGAGCAGGUCCGCUUGCCUCGGGUGACCCGAGUACAGGCGGCGGCCGCUAAAGCCGCAUACAACAUCAACGAGAGAAUUGGAUUCUCCGUGAACAAGGACACCCCCACCUACAAAGUCGAGGAUCCGAAGAAGGUCCUCACGAUUGAAGAGAUGAAUGCAUAUGAUAUGUAUCGCGAUAUCGAGGAGAAGCUUGCAUCUAUCCGCGGUCUUAGCUACACGGACAAGUUUGUCUGUGGCCUGCCUGUGGGAAUGGAACUUCCGAAUGGUGUGACGAUCGGAGCUACAGCAUGA